CCCCAACCCCGCGGGUCAGGCGUUUCAGUCGCUCGCGGCCCGGGAGCUCUGUGGAGUUACCAGCUGUCCUCUCGGUCUGGCGGGUCGGACAGUCCUCCUGGCCCCGCCACACAGGCGCGGGGAGCGGCCCCGACUGUGGGGCCAUGGCAGUAGCCUCCUCGUCCUCCGCCGCCGCUAUCCCUGCCGAGUCGCCGGCUUCUGGGCGAGGGACCCCCACCGCCUCCGCAGGCUAAGGAGCCGCUGCCGCCACCCAGCUGUGAGGGCUAGUAUGCUCCCUCUUUGCUGCCGCCUCCCCCUCCCGCCCGCGCAGGCACCCCUCUGGCUGCUCAAUCCUGCCUCAGUGUCAAACCAGAAGAAAUUCAACAAAAAUUUAUAUGUGGAUUUCCUUCUUAAAAGAAGAAAAAGUGAUUAUUGAGGCUAUGGAUCGGAGCAAACGGAAUUCAAUUGCAGGAUUUCCUCCACGUGUGGAGCGUCUGGAAGAGUUUGAAGGAGGCGGUGGAGGGGAUGGGAAUAUCACCCAGAUGGGAAGAGUUUGGCCAUCUUCAUAUCGAGCUCUUAUAAGUGCCUUUUCCAGACUGACACGUUUGGAUGAUUUCACUUGUGAAAAAAUAGGUUCUGGCUUCUUCUCUGAAGUAUUCAAGGUGCGCCACCGAGCUUCUGGUCAGGUGAUGGCUCUUAAGAUGAACACGUUAAGCAGUAACCGUGCAAACAUGCUGAAAGAAGUACAGCUCAUGAAUAGACUCUCCCAUCCCAACAUCCUUAGAUGCAGAAGUUGAGGCUGUGGUAUGAACCAGAGUUUUUUCCCAAAUUGAUAUUAGAUCUAAAUUGGGAAGCCUCUAUCUCUUGGAAUCCUAGGAUUUCACAAAUGUGGCUUCUCAG